AUGACCUAUUCACAUUCCUUAUCCGUUCUGUUUUUGGAAUUGGGACAAACAUCAGUGUACCAGAUUAAUGCUGUGAUUGGACGGAAGGAUACGACGGAGGCAGAUGAUCUCGACGCUCCGCUUGCUUGGGCGUUCUUCGGUAUGCAGGAUAUGAAGCCGGAGGAUUUGUAUAGUUGA